AUGGCAGGGCAGUGGCAGGAAUUUCUGGCCCAAAAGCACUGGGAACAUGAUGAUAAUGUCCAGCUGCAAGGAGAGAUUCGUCGCAUCGCACAGCUGCAGUACAACACGGAGCAGACGCUUGGGGAACAGGAGGGCUUUACGAGGAUUGUGCAGCUGAUCGACGACCUCGUUCGCCGGCAGGAGGUGGAUAGCAGAUGCUGCCUAUGUUUCAAGAAGCUGAAGCUUGAAAGCGUGUUGCGUGCAUUGAAUCUGGAUGAGUAUACGCAGAAGAUGCUGUUGGACAGUGUCAAUGAAGGCCUUCAUGCAGAUGUCGAGCGCGACUGCGAGCGCAGAAACGUCUUUGUCCAUCUUCCGGAAGGGCGACAGUUCCAACUUCAACUCCCGCAAGACAUGGAGGCCCCCCGAAUCCAGGAGCUGGUUGCUCAGCACCUGGGCUUCGAGACCAGCCAAAUCCGCCUUGUGGACUCCUUGCGGCCUCCGCCCGACGUAGAUGCCAGCCUUUGCCUCCAAGUUGAAGUCCGAGCAAAAGUGCGCAACGAGACCAUGGACUACUCCCUGGAAAUGAACUCCUGGCCCCCUCAUCGACUGAAGCAGGAGUUGAUUGUUUUCGUCCAAGAGAAUCUUGAUAUGCGGCCUUCACCAACGACACCGGACAAAACGUGGGGGAGCUCGGGGGCUCUUGCAAAGAUCGUGACGGAAACGAGCGAACUCCUGAAGCAGCCCCUCGCUACACGUGGAGCUGGUUCCGUAUCCGCGGAUGACAAGGUCGGGGAGCUGUACGAGGACCUAUUGAAGAUACUGAGAGAUCGCUUGGAGAAAUGGCCAGACACCACGCCAGACGAGCUCAUGGAGGACCACGGCUACAGCAACCAAGCACACCACACCAGCUUUGCCAGCUUUGAGGUUACGACUCCGAUGGGGAGGGCGGAUGGCCGUGGCUUGCCCCCGGCUUUCCGCAUUGACCGCAUUCAUGCUCCGCUGGUGCGGGAUACGUUUCUCUACAACGGUUUCCGGCCGACCAAAGGGGAGGACUGGCUCAUUAGCUGGACCGGACCCCGGAUGCGCGAGAACGUGCACAAGCUGAUGCACGAGUAUCAGCGGGUAAAUCAUUUCCCUCAGUCGACAGAGCUGACGAGGAAGGAUCGGCUCUGGGACAACUUUCAGCGAAUGUCGAAGAUGGUGGGAGGCGGUGCCUCCUUUGACUUCGUCCCAGAGACGUUUGUUCUGCCGCAGCAACUACGGGCCUUCAAGCAGCGCUAUCUGAAGACCCGCGGCGAGCAGCUGUGGAUUGUGAAGCCCUCGGCCUCAUCGCAAGGAAGGGGAAUCUUCCUCCUCCGAAACCUCGUCGAGCUUCCAACGAAAGAGUCGGUCGUGGUGUCCAGGUACGUCGAGAAGCCGCUGCUGAUCCAAGGUCUCAAGUUCGACCUGCGCAUCUACGUCCUCGUGACCUCUUUCAGCCCACUGCGAGCCUACAUCUACCGGGAAGGCCAGCUCGGGAUACACGUAAAAGUGUCUCUGAGGGUUUCAACAAGGGUUUCAGCCCGGUUUUUUCAGGAGUUUGGGGUGUCAUUUGUCUUUGAGUUUAGGGCUUUGGGUUUGUAG